UCCGAAAAUAUUAUCACAUUCGGAUAUGUGUUUUCAAAAUCUUAAGUAUCUGAAAAAUAAACCAAGUAAAUUCUAAGUACAAACAGAUAUUGUGAAAUGAACAAACAGACCAAAGAAUGGUCUCGAGCUCGGCUUUGUAAGCCUAAGGAUAAUCUUACCACCGAGGCGGGAAAACGAGAACGCUUUGUGCCAUCCUGCGAACUAGAGUACACUCCUGUAUCGAUGGCUUGCCUAAUGGGCUGGGAAUACGCCCGGAUUUGGCUGCGCGAUCGCGACAAAUUUGUCCAGCAACGUGAACGCGCUGUCAAAGCGAAAUAUAUCAAGAACGACUUCGAGUGGUGGCUAAAACUGCGCAAAACAUCCAAAAAGUUCUGCAAGGUUGGGGCAUGAUACCGAAAAAAAAAAAUACAGCAAUGAAAUGUAACGCAAUCACUCUUUAAAAGAAAUGAUUAAUAUAAAAAUAAAAAUAUUUGCAAACCCUUUAAA